AAAUGGCAAUAAACAUGGGAAACUGCCAAAAAAUCAAAAUGGCGUCGUUGCUUUGUGUGCAUUCGCAUAUUUAAUGUCAAAUAUUUAUGCAAUAAAUAAAGAAAAGAGUGCAAUUAAUUUCGUAACAACAGAACAAACACGAGGAGUGUAACGACUGCGAUAUAACAUGAAGGUCAAUUGGUGAUUGUAAACCGUUGCGACGUAUGACAGGGGUUAUUUUCAUUUCAAUUGUUGAGAGCAGAUGUAAAUGGGCAGGGCAACAUGUACGCAGGACGUGACGAAGGACCGGUGUACUACCGCGAGAUACAAAAGAAUGCGUACCUCAAACGCAUCCCCAACGAGAACCCAAACAAAUUGAUGCCUUUGGGCCACAAGAAACCCCCCCUCAAGCCGAUGUGGACGGUGUUAUGCGUGCACAACGGGCACACCCCCUUCCUGGAGCAGUACCCCGAGGCGGAGGCGGCGUCCACCCUGGCCCACAAGCCGCUGUGGCGCGCCUGCCUGUCGCGCGCGCGCCACGUGACGUGCAGCGUCAAGCCGUGCGCAGGCGCAGAGUACGACUUCCUCGUCGACACUGACCACGGCCCGCUGCGGAUGCUGGCGCCUGAUUGGGAAUCAAUGCAAGACUGGGUGACGACACUGCGGAACAAACUCCACGAACUCAAGAUCCUGGGCAAAGGGGAGAACGUGUACUGCCUGCCGCCGGCGCCGGCGCCGCCCCGGGCCGCCGCCAGGGACCCCACCAGCCCGCUGCCGCCCACGCCGCCCGUGCCGCCCGAUAGAGUCCCGGGCAUAGAACUGAACCCGCCGCCGACUCGAGCCCAGCCGGACCCCGAACCCUCCAGCGAACCUCUGAACCCUGAGCCCCUCGCUCCUGUCGCCUCAGACAUCGACAUAUCCAACUGGGAACCCGACUCCACCCCCAGCACAAGCACGAACCAAGAAAAAACCGAACCUAAAAAAUCAGUCGCGAAAAUCUGCGGUCAAAACAUAUGCUUAGACGACUCGAUUUUAAAAAGAAACGUCGAAUCCACUGACAGCGAUGAAGAGUUCUUUGCCGAAAUCGAUCGAUUGCACGACGCAGUCGAGAAUAUCGAUUUGGGGGACAACAGGGUCGAUUAUAAACAACGGUUUGUUGUUAACGAGGAGAAGGGUGAAAUUGAACCAGAGGACUGUCAAAAUGACCACUCAACGAACAUAACAGUGAUCCAAGUGUCAAACAAGCCUCCGCACACAGCCAUCCCGGUGCUCGGGCCCGAGACCGAUGUGUUCAACUUUGACCUGCCCCAUCCUGCAGACGACUUCAUCAACAUAGUCAACACUGAAGUCAACGUGCAAACUGAGAACGGAUAUGGAACAGUCUUCAACGACUCUGACUAUGGACACUUGAGUCUGACAACAACAGUCAACGUUGGGAAGGACAACGAUGGGAUAUAUGAACGGCUGUGCAUGGCCUCAACGUCCAACGGUGAUAACAGCCCGUUGCCGUUGAGAAAGCUGAAAGCAACGGAGAAGCUCAGGAAGUCAUCGUUGCCCAACUUAGAAGUGACACCGGAUUCCACUUACGAAUAUGUAUUCCCAAAUAAUAAUAAAAAUAUCACAGUUACUUUGAAUAGGGAAGUCAACUCUAACGUAACGGCUAGUAAUAACAGUGACGCGAGAAGUAACAGUGACAGAAAUACUAGCGUAAAUUCUAACGGUGUGCGAGUAGCUAAUACUAAUACCAGUGAUCGCGUGAGAAAUAUCAGUGAGGAGAGCAGUGGCAAUACAGUGUCAGUGAAUAUUCAUGUAAAUUUGACGAGUUCUAUAUCGGUUGGUAAUGUGGACCAUAACACGAGGGUGCUAAGGGCUAAUGUUGAACGCUCACAUAGUCAGAAUGCGUACGACAGGUCGCCCAGAAGAGAUGUUAUUAGAAGAGUGCAGAAUAAUAGUCCGAAACGAGAUGGAAAGAAUGAUAAGCACGAGCCGCCACCAGCUAAGCCGCUUUGGAAGCGCGGGCUGACUGAGCUGUCCCUGCUCAGCCGGCUACGCGGCAGGCGCGAGAUGCAGGAGUGUCAAGACAGGACUGUGACGUCUCCAGCGAAGGUGGUGCACCGGUCGCGGCAGGAGGCGCGCGUGGACAGCACCAGGAGAAGGAGUAGCUCCCUCAGCAACGGUGAGUUGGCGGCGCUGCCCCCGGCGCCGGGCCCGCUGGUGCCGCUGCUGGCCCGCGCGGCGGGCGCGCUGCGCGCCGAGCUGCGGCGCGGGGCCGCCGUGGCCGCCGCCGUGCCGCGCCAGCGCCCGCCCACGCUGCUGGCCUACGACAACCAAGUCUGGGUGUCCCGCUGGGGCGCGGCGGGCGCGCGCUGCGGGGGCCGCGCGGGGGACCGCCUGGCGGCCGCGGGGGGGGCGCCGCCCCGCGACGCCGCGCAUGCGCGCCAGCUGAUCAAGGCCGCGCACACGCACCUCGUGGACAUUUUGUUUCACCGAGUGCCGCUCGCUAAGGUGUAUGUGCUGAACAAACGAAACCUGGAGACCAUUGGCAUCAAGCUAGACGGUGAGUGCAAUAUAGUGAGCGUCGAGGCGGGGUCCCCAGCGGCGCGCGCCUGCCUACCCCCGCCGGGACGCUGGGCGCUCACCGAGGUCAACAACCGACCGCUCAACCUGCUCAAGGGUGGCGACGAGGAAAUGAACCGGCUGAGCCUGCACGGAACUGAGGUCAUGUUGCUGCUGCAACCCUCCGCUCUAGUCAAGAAGAUCCGCGCCUCGCUCAAAGCCAAUAAGCCGCUAUUGUCGCUCAGGUAACCCCGGGGGAAAUGACAGUUACAUAAUACUUCAAACAACUCAUACAAUGUUAAGCUCAAGAAGAUCUACGCCUCGCUCAAAUCCAAUAAGCCACUAUUGUCGCUCAGGUAAACCCCCGGGGAAAUGACAAUUACAUAAUACUUCAAACAAGUCAUACAAUGUUGAACUCCAGAAGAUCUUCGCCCCGCUCAAAUCCAAUAAGCCGGUGUUGUCUGUCGCUCAGGUAAUGCCAGAGGAAUAACAGUUACAUACAAGUCGUACAAUGUUGAGCUCAAGAAGAUCCGCGCCUCGCUCAAGGCCGACAAGCCUUUAUUGUUGCUCAGGAGAAAACGAUUAAAAAAAAAAACCGAAAUUAAUAAUUAAUAUUUGACACAUAUACGUUAAUAAGCUUCUUAGAAAAUGUGAUUCAAAAUUAUUGACACAUUGAUCUUUGAAAUCAAAAUGGCACUAAAAAAAGAAUUUCAUUAUCUAUUAAGCAUUUUUAGAUAAAUUUUACAACGUGUACAUAGAAGUAAUGCAAAUAAAAAUUUUGAGUACAUUUUUUGUAAUGAUUUUUAGAUGAUCUUUUGAAUGACCAAAUUUUAAUAUAAAGUGAAAAUUAAUUUAAGAAAAAAUUGUCUUUUUGAUGUAUUUAUAAAAUAGAUUUUAAGAAUAUUGUGGCUACAUUUUAUUGGGGAUCACAGACAGAGUAUUCACGCCGGUAAACCCGCUGUAUGAGGUCAAUGAACGAGGUGAUCAGCACAUCGCCCGUAACAAUUGUCCACCAGGUUAGAAAAAACACACCUCUGUAGGUUUUUACGACAUGCCCGGGAAAACAAUCAGCCGCGCUUUCUGUGUUUUUUAUUCACCCAGUUUAGUGUAGAAGCAUGAUUCUGGUCAAUGGUGGCCCUAGGGCGGGCCCCGUUGGGAGGGGGGAAGCCAAAACGGGCUGGCAGCCCUGGAUCUACAGGGGAGUAACUGGAUUAGGUACACCUGCCCUGUGAAUUAGACCUCUUAGCGGCCACAUAAGCCUCAUAAAUUUAAUGGGUUGCCGUCAGCGACAUUUUAAAAAGAUUUCAUUAGAUAUAUAGACACCCCAUUGCUAGUGUUAUAAACAAAAAAAAAAAGUAACACCCCAUUGUUUUUGUUUUUUAAAGUUCUUUAUUAGUAAUACACUAAAACAUAGCGAGAAACAAGACAUCAAAAAAUAAAAAACCAGACCGGACUAGAUUUAGCAGACUGAAAAAGUUAUACGUUUAUCCCUUUAAAAGUUUAUAAACUUGUAACUAUGAUUGGAGUAUUAUAGUCAUUAAAAUAAAACGUUUUCAGGCUAAUAUAGCCUUUGAAAAUUUGAAAUUUUGAUUUGCUUCUAUGCUGUUCUGGGAGCAAAUAAAAAACAUAGAAAACGUUCAGCUGCUUGUCUUCCCGGGCAUGUCGUAAAAACCGACAGAGGGAUUGUGUCCUCUAACAUGAUGGACUAAUGUUAUGGGCGAUAGGCUGAUCCCUUAUCACCAUAAGGUUCAUCAUAUCCAGCUUACGACAUCGUAUCAACAGUGGCUGCAAGUUGUCUUUGAUUACUUGUGGCUCUGCCCACCCCACUAGGGAUUACGGGCGUGAGUUUAUGUAUGUAUGUAUAGCCUUUGAAAAGAACUUAUAAGAGACCCCAACCCACUGUACUACAUGGAAUGCAAUAAAUAAUUGAGAAAUGAGAAUCGGGGGCCGUAAACUAAUCGAAAAAAACUGUAUUUUGAGGGGCGCCACUGGGAUGUCUUCAUCAUCAUCAUCAAUUUAAGAGCCACGCUCUUGUCGGUGCAGCAUUUUCCAUGCUACUUUUUAGGGAAAAUUAGGGCAGUGGUUUCCCUCUUGCCUUCCGCUCACCCGGGAUGUCUUGCGCCACCUAAAUAUUUACCUAGGGCUGCCGCUGUUCUGCCCAUACCGUAAAGGAUUACAAGCGUGAACUAUUUCUGUCUAUCUAUAGCCAACUAUAUCAAGAACUUUAUAGCACAAAUAGCAUAAAAUAUACACCCAAUGUACCGAUUUUGAUGAAACUCGCCAUUAGAAGCACAAUUUAAAUAAGGAUAUAUUUUGUCACGUUUUAUACCUCAAUGUAAGGUUAGUGUAACAAACGUUUUGAUACUUAGCGAUUUUACAUUUUUUUACAAUCAGGGUCUUUCCAGGCUAUGUUCUCGAAAAAAAAAUAUAGUUGAAUACGUGAUAACUACCAACGCAUUUUCUCAUCGCUCGGGUAAUUAUUCAUUAAUUGUAUUGUAAGUUUGUAAAUGUGGCGUCCAAUAUGGAAAUAAAUAUUUUCUUUCUUUCUUUCUUUCAAAAAUAGUAAAUGCAAUAGCAGAGGCAUAAUUAUGUGAAAAUAAUUAUUGCUUGAUAUUUGGAUUAGAUAUUUGCAUAGAAUGAGGGACUUUCCACACUACGGUUCUAAAAAAAAAUAAAAUAUAUUUAUAUAUAAAGCGCUGUACAGAUUCUAAUUUCAUGGAUAAUAAGAAUAAAAUAACUUUAUUGCCGGUAACUAUAGACAUACGCAUCUUUUAUCUUUGUUUUUGGGUAUAAAUGAUGACCCUUUUUAUUACACCCAGACACAAUUAUACAAUGUGAUCUAAAUAUACAUACAUAAACAACCUGUAUACGUCCCACUGCUGGGCACAGGCCUCCUCAAUUAACUGGAGAGGGUAUAGAGCAUACUCCACCACGCUGCUCCACUGCUGAAAUGAAAUGAAAUUUAUUCUGUGCGUGGUAUUUAGGUUACAAACAGCUGUUACAUUUCAUUGAGUAUCACCAAAUAGGUACUGCCUUUUCAGGCAUACACCCAGAUUAUUUAAAAACAAUAACAAAUAAUAAUAAUUUAAUAGUUCAAUUUUACAAAUAUUCUAAACACUUAAUACAUGCUUUCAAUCAUACACUUAAAACCUGUUAUUUGUAAUCUAAAUAUUCUUUUACGCUGUAAAAGCAUCUAUCUGCAAGCCAGAGUUUAACUGCUACGCGAAACUUAUUGAGUUUACAGUCUUUGAAAGUAUCCUGAUCUAAAUAUCAAGCAACAAUUAUUUUUAUACAUGCUGCAGCAUUGUAUUUUGGAAUAAUUAUAUAGGUACCCGAGUAAUGAGAAAAUAGGUAAGUAUACAGCGCCAUCUAUUCAUUUUUUUGGGAAACGUGGCCUGGAAGGCCCUCAUCAUUUAUUUAUUAAUUUCUGACUACUUGGCAGCCAUUUUUAUUUUCAAUAUACUUUUUAGUGAGGUGAUACGUUCUAUAUACAAGAUCUUAGUGACAUCGUAAUGAAUACUCAUGGGGAUGAUUCAGACCAUGAUUCUGAGUUAAUAUCAAGUGGAAUUUUCCGUCGCAAAAUUCAUGUUCCUUUUUUAGUUUUUUUAAAUUAUUUUCUCAGAAUCAUGAUCUGAAUCAUCCCUCUCAGUUUUCGUUGCGAUGUCACUUACACCCCAUACAAGUAGGUAUGGGUGUUAGUGACACCGUAACGAAUACUGAGGGGGAUGAUUCGGACCGUGAUCCUGAGUUGAUAUCAAGUGGAUCUUCCUGUGAAAAACUCAUGAAAAUGUUUGUGUUCAUAUUUUUGCGAUGGAAAAUUCCACUUGAUAGCAACUCAAAAUCAUGGCUUGAAUCAACCCUCAAAGUUUUCGUUACAAUGUCACUAACACCCUGUGUAACGAAUGAAAUAAAAUAGCAUUAAUGUAAAACAGUUUUGAUGUUUUAAUACUGUAAUAGUAUCCCACAUGCCCACUGCUGGGCACACUCUUCCCUUACGAACUGUACGGGAUAAUGGAACUGUAUAAACUUAUAUCGUAGUAUGAUUAGAGUGACAUAUCUCCCGUCUCUUUCUUACUAUAUCUGUAUACCGCUCCCAACAAUGAGUUAUUAAUUUAUCUCAAGUACAUUUUUCACUAACACAGUUGCCUCGACUAUUAUAGACUGCGAUACGGCUCACCCAUCAGAAAUCAGAAUCAUUUAUCCAACGUAAUUAUCAUGGAUAAACUUGUUGAAGGUCAAUGUAACAUUUUUGAAUCUACGUCAUUUCGCAAGGUGUUAUGGCUGAGGAGAAGAAAUGAUAAGAAACUAUAUCACGUUGGUCUAGCAGAAAGCUCGGUGAGGCGUGGGUACUUAGUUCACCUCGCGAUAGAUGUACCUCUGACUACCCUAAUUGACUAUUUGACAGUUUUCGGAUAAGUAUUUUAAAAAAUACAGAAUCUUAUACCUCUUAAAAUAUGUCAUUUUCUCGAAAAAGCUUUAUUUAAUAGAAAAAAAAAACAUAUUUUUCUGCGUUAAUUUCUUCCGCUCGAAAAUGAUUGGUCACGUAACAUUUUGCCCAGAGACGUCACAGUUCAAUAAGCAAAGAAAAGAAACUGUCAAACAGUAUAACUUGGAACCUGACAGAUAGUUUUUGUUUAAUCUGUGAAAUGUGACGUCGCACGAAGCUCAAUCAUGGCCGCCCGUGUUUCGGGUCUUGUAAUGCACAGAUAAAAAAUCGCAUUCUUAUUUUGUAUAAACUUUACUACUUAGUUACUUUACGUAGUUACUUUACUACUUUUUAUUUUAAUUUUAUUUUUUGUUGAAUCUCACACAUACAUAGCUUAAGACCAUUUAAUAUUUACCUACAAACUUGUAAUAUUUUUAGUAAGACCUAAGGGAAGUAGCGGGACAUUCCCAACUCAAGUAUCCGUUACUUACUGGGAAGUCCUAUCCACGAACAACUGUUAAGUAUGUACUUUCGGAAAUAAAUGACUUUUUUUUAUAUAAAAACGGCAUCAUUUGGUUUAAAACGUUUUAAAUCGGUUGUUUUACAUCUAUAGUCGCGAGCUAUGUUAUAUACCGCUAGUGUGAAAAAGACAUAUUAUCUCUCGUCCCUUUCGCUCGUCCUGCUCUCAUUCUAAUCAUGCUACGCUUUUGUAUGUAAGCUAUUCUUUGUGAUAAAGUAUUUUAUUGUAUUGUACAUUUUAUAGUCAUAUUUUGUAUUGGACACUGUAUUGAUGAUUUUUUUCCAUACAAAAUUUUGAUAAAAAAUAACUCAUUUGCGGUCAUCUACCGUAUUAGUGACAUAACAAAUCAUCACGCCUGUAUCCCGAAAGGGGUAGGCAGUAGUGUAUACAAGUGUUAGUGACACUAUCGAAUACUGAGGGGAAUGAUUCAACUCAUGAUUCUGAGUUAAUAUUUCGUAGCAAAUUGGAUUCCAUAGUCUCUGCUUACCCCGGUGGGAAAGCGUGAGUAUGUGUUUUAUAUAUAGGGUGUUAGUGACAUCGUAACGAAUACUGAAGGGAUGAUUCAGACCAUGAUUCCGAGUUGAUAUCUGAAAAAGUAUGGAUCAGAAAAUAAUUAAAAAGAAAAAAAAAUCAUGAAUUUUCCGAGAGGAAAUUCCACUUGAUAUCAACUCAGAAUCAUGAUCUGAAUUAUCCCCCUCAGUUUUCGUUACGAUGUCACUAACACCCUGUAGUAUGUACCAAUAAUAUGAUUAUUUUAAUUUUAACUUUACAACACAAUAAUUCCAAAAUAAUAUUUUAAGGAUCUCUAAAAAAAUCUGAUAAUUUAUUUAAGUCUGGUACAUAAUUAUUUAAUUGGUUUAAGAAAAUUGAUAUUAAAAAAUAUAUAAUUAUUUAUGUUUAGAUUAAUAUACUCAUGUGAUUUAUUAUUAAUUUUCAUGUUUCAUAAUAAUUUUCAUUGCACACACUAUACCAAUACACAUAUCUAUAAAGUUGUGAUCAGUUUUUGUACUGUAAGUUCAUGAAAAUAAAAAUGUUUUAAAAUUGCAUUUGACUUUAUUUUACACCAAUGAGUUAUUAAUUUAUUGUAAGUCAUGGAAUAAUACUACAUAUUAUCUGAUGCCUAUAGCAGGCUUGAGUCUAUUUUAGGCAUCAGCUGAAAUGAUUAUUUUGUAACUAAUAACAAAAAAAAAAUACCAAUAAUACCAUUACAAAUUUACAAAUUUCUCCUUACAAAUUUAUUGUUAAUUGGCUUUUUGUGG